GUGACUUCACCCACGAAGUCGCUCGCUUUCCUUUUCCCUCCCGGUCUUUUCCUCCCUUGUCUCUCAUCUCCUUAAGGUUCAGUGCAAGGAACGCUGGUCUUUGCAAAGCGGCUCAGGGGAUCUUUCCAAGCGAAGGACUGGGGAGUCUUUGGCCAAUCCAGUCAUGUCCGUGGGCUGCAUUUACACACGGCUGAGUCCUCUGCUUCGACCAUCCCGUGUGAUGCUUUUCCAUCAUCCCAGUUGUGCCAUCCAUGCCUCCAGUGCCACACUUGCUGGACACAACAAGUGGUCCAAAGUCAAAAAUGUUAAGGGGCCUAAAGAUACUGCACGUUCCUUGGUCUUCCAAAAACUUACCAUGAUGAUCCGUUUUGCUGUGAAGGAAGGAGGAUCGAACCCACAACUUAACACCAAUUUAGCCAACAUUAUUGAGGUGUGCCGAAGGAAGAGUAUGCCAAAAGGCUCUAUUGAAACAGCCAUCUCUGGUGCGGAGAAAAUGAAAUCCAUUUAUCACCUCUGCGGCAUCCGAGGUCCAGGUGGCUCAUCCUUAUAUGUUGAGAUACUGACAGACAACUUAAAGAGGACUUCCAAUGAAAUCCGAUAUCUUUUAAACAAAAACGGGGGGAGCAUUACCGAAGGGAUUCACAAUCAUUUUGAGAAAAAGGGGGUUGUGAUUGUCAGCAAGGAAGACAAAUCCAGCAAUCCUGUCAGCUUGGAUCAGGCACUUGACUUGGCAAUUGAAGCUGGAGCUGAAGAUGUCCAGGAAGAGGAAGAGGAGGAUGAGAAGGUGGUGCUCAGGUUUAUUUCCGCUGUGUCUACCUUGCACCAAGUACGUGAAAAACUGGAGUCGCUGGGCCUUUGUUCUUUGUCUGCUGGCCUUGAAUUCAUCCCAGUUGUCCACGCUCAGCUAUCAGACGCAGAGAUGGAGGGGGCCGUGAAGUUGUUAGAGGCCCUUGAGAACCACGUAGAUGUUGUACGGGUAUACAACAACAUUGCUUAGUUUUACCGGCAUACCUCCAGGAGGUACUGAAGCCUUACAAACUAAAUUCUGGUUUUAUUUCCCCCCCAAUCCAAAUCAAGACUAUUAAUGGUAAAUGAGGUUUACUAUGUUUCGGACAAGCCUGUGUGCCUCUUUGCCCUCCUUUUCAAGUUUCUUGCCAGAGGACAACCCCAUGGCAUGUACCAAAUGGGGAUGCUAAAAGAGUGCUGGAGCAAAACGAUAACUUGGACAACUUCUGCCACAAAUAUCUGGGAUUGGUUCCUGACUUCCAUUGGAAGAUGGGAUUGCUGUCUCAUUAGCAUCUCAAUAUAACAAAACAAUAAUGUCCAAACAGAUAUAUUCACAAGCCAAUGGAGAUACAUUAACUGAAAGAUCAGUAAUCUUAAUAUAACUGGAUACCUUCUUGGUCCACUUUUCCUGAGUUGUUGGGAGAUAGUUCUGCCUUCUUCGAGCAUGCAAGUUCGUGAAAAAUCCUACACACACAAACACAGACCUGGAGGGGAACGCAGGUUUUAUGUGUGAUGGACCCAGAUUGGAUACAUACUUGGCUCCUUUGAGAUAUCUCUGUGAUGGACAUUAAAUGCACCCAAAUAGCCAUUCUGAAUCAUACUAAAGCAUUUGUUCUGGAAAAUCAUUCAGCAGCAAUUCACAUCUGUGUGGCUAGGAUCUGUAUCCCUUCAAUCUUCCCCUUAGAUCGAAUUGUUCAGAAAUGCUAAUACAGAAUGCUGGUAUGUAAACGAUGUCUACUUACAUUGAUAAUUGGGCAUCCAAAUAUACUUUUAAAAGGCCAUUUGAUAUGGUUCAUCAAAUUUGAG